CCUGGGAUUAUGAGCAUUUUAGAUGAUGUGUGUGCCACAAUGCAUGCAGUGGGAGAAGGAGCUGACCAAACGCUGCUUCAAAAACUCCAGAUGCAGAUUGGGACUCACGAACAUUUCAACAGCUGGAACCAGGGGUUUAUCAUUCAUCAUUAUGCUGGAAAGGUAUCUUAUGAUAUGGAUGGAUUCUGCGAGAGAAAUCGGGAUGUUCUUUUCAUGGACUUGAUUGAACUCAUGCAGAGCAGUGAUUUGCCUUUUAUAAAGGCUCUGUUUCCUGAAAAUCUUCAAGUGGACAAGAAGGGCCGUCCUACCACUGCAGGCAGUAAAAUCAAAAAACAAGCAAAUGACCUUGUUGGCACUCUGAUGAAGUGUACACCCCAUUACAUCCGCUGCAUCAAACCAAAUGAAACAAAGAAGUCUCGAGACUGGGAGGAGAGCAGGGUAAAACAUCAAGUGGAAUACUUAGGUCUGAAAGAAAAUAUUCGAGUAAGAAGAGCUGGCUAUGCCUACAGGCGGGUUUUCAAGAAGUUUUUGCAGAGGUAUGCCAUUCUGACCAAAGCAACCUGGCCUUCCUGGAAAGGAGAAGAGAAACAAGGAGUUCUCCACCUGCUGCAGUCAGUCAACAUGGAUCCUGACCAAUACCAGCUUGGAAAAUCCAAAGUCUUCAUCAAAGCUCCAGAGUCUCUAUUUUUGUUGGAAGAGAUGAGAGAGAGGAAGUAUGAUGGGUAUGCCAGGACCAUCCAGAAGAUAUGGAGGAAGUAUGUGGCCAGGAAGAAAUACGUACAAAUGAGAGAAGAAGCAUCAGAUCUAUUGCUGAACAAGAAGGAGAGAAGACGAAACAGCAUUAACAGGAAUUUUGUGGGAGAUUACAUAGGCAUGGAGGACCAUCCAGAGCUACGCCAGUUUGUGGGCAAACGGGAGAAGAUCGAUUUCGCAGACACCGUAACAAAAUAUGAUAGACGGUUUAAGAGCGUGAAGCGAGAUCUCAUCCUCACUCCAAAGUGUAUCUAUCUGAUUGGGCGUGAAAAGAUAAAGCAGGGUCCAGAGAAAGGCCAAGUGAAGGAAGUCUUAAAGCGAAGGAUGGAAGUGGAAAGAAUUCUUUCAGUUUCUUUAAGCACCAUGCAGGAUGACAUUUUCAUUCUACAUGAACAGGAAUAUGAUAGUUUGCUCGAAUCAGUCUUCAAAACGGAGUUUUUAAGCCUCUUAUCAAAGCGAUACGAAGAGAAAACACAAAGAAAACUACCUCUGAAAUUUAGCAAUACACUUGAAGUAAAGCUGAAAAAGGAGAGUUGGGGGCCCUGGAGCAGUGCUGGUUCUCGACAAGUGCAGUUUAUGCAAGGCCAAGGAGAGAUAGCCAUUCUCAAACCAAGUAAUAAAGUGCUGCAGAUCAGCAUCGGGCCUGGGCUGCCAAAGAAUUCCCGUCCUACUAGGCGGAACCUUACUCAAAGUAGAGGUUAUUCUAACAGGUCUCAAAGUCAGACUUAUCCUAUGAGAGCCGCACCACCUCCUCCUGGUCAGCAGCAAAAUGGAGUAAUAAAUCCUCCCCAGUUGGUACCACUUCCCCAUGUCCCAGGAAAUCAACGGGCCAAUCAGAAAAGCCUGUAUACAAAUAUGACACGGCCAACUUUGCCACGGCAACUGUCAGGAGGAUCAGGCAAGAUUUCACAGCAACCAGAAAGCUUGGAUUUCCUGAAAGUACCUGACCAAGGAGCAGCCGGGUAA